AAUGUCGUCUGUGAGCAGAUAGUUUUCAUAUGGGAAAAUGUGUUGCUAGCAUUUGACUUUACGAAGCGUGUUUCGUCGAAAGACAACAUAAAACUACAUUACCCAGAGUUAAGUUCGAGGAGGGUAAAGGUUACGAAUGAGUUGGUCAGCGUUUCUCUAGAGUGCUAAAAAGUACGGAGCUACAGAGGACCGUGUGGAAAAGGCAAAGCCCAACAGGGACGUAGGAGCCUUUCUGAACUGGGAAUGGCGUCAGACGGAUCAGGAGUUCCCCCAGAAUCCGCAGUGGACGGUGGAGGGACCCCCCCAGCUGAAACUAAAAGUAGGAAAGAUGCCCAACAAGCCACGAGAGAAUUGGUCGGCUUGAAUCAGAAGGGAUUAAAUCCAUGCCAGUUUUUCCUGAUGGGGAAGUGUCACUUUGGGAACCGAUGUCGUUUAUCACACAGUGACCCCUCACAGGAUGAUUCAGACGCUGCAUCCCCCGAUGCAGAUGACAAACAGGAUGGAGGAAAGAUGGAGGAUCGCAAGAAGAAAGAAGACAGUGUGAACAAAGUGGCAAAGUCGACACCUAAAGAGGAAAUAGCAGAGGUGAACAAAAAGCCCAGAAUGCGAACAGCUGAUGAUGUUAUCUCUCGCAUCCUGUGGGACCCAUCUGUGGAUUCCUCAGAGUUCGCGGUGGGCUACGUGGAUCGCUUCCUGGGUGUGCUGGAGCGGCCUUUCUGUGACUUCAACUGGGACACAAACCCCUGUGACUGUGACUACUCGUCCGAGCUGGCCCUGCCCAGACACAGGAUCCAGUACUUCACCUACAGAGGGCAACGUGUCUGGGACCGCCACAGCAGGACUGACAGGGUUUUUGGCUCCACUGGCCAAUCUCUGGCUCCCCCCUUUGGAAAGGAGGAGGAAGUAAAGGAGGGAAUUCACUCAGAAAACCUUGAUGCUGAAACAGCAGAAGAGCAGAGAGUUGCUGUGGGGGGGCAGGGUGAAGGCAAAACGUGUCCCAAAGACCGACACGAGGAAGACGAGGAGCUGAAUGGGAUGAAUCACACUUUCAACCCGACGCACGGUGCAGGAAACGUUUCGCAGGAACAGCGGGAGUCGUGUGCUGCAGAGGAGGCUGCAAAUAGGCUUCAGCCUUCAGAGCUUCCAGAUGAGUCGGCUGUAAAAGAGGAGGAGGACGGGCCUGCAGAAUGGGAAGAAAGCUGGGAAGAUGGAGACGAAUCCCAGAUCCCAGCGGCCUCUCCGGACCAGACGGAGGAGAGGCGGGGCGGACGUCCUCCUAAAAAGCAACCCACACACUUCAUCGCCUUCAGGGCCAACACUCCCGCCAUCCUCUCCUGUUUCCAGCUGCUGCAGGAGGAGCUGACCUCCCUGCUGCCCUCCUCUGCUCCUCACUGGCAGACUGCCUCCAAGCUCCACGUCACCUUGUGCCUCCUGGUGCUGAACGGCCCUGCCGAGGUGGCGGCUGCCGCUGAGAUCCUCCGUCAGUUCGCCCAUUUGGACCGCAACCCGCCCGUAGCCGUGACCUUCCCUGUGAAGCUGAAGCACUUUGCCGGGAAGGUGCUGUACCUGAGCCCCCAGCCUCAGCUGCACCUGCACCAGCUGAACUGUGGCCUACAGGAGGCCUACAGGAAGGAGGGCUGGCUCCACAGGAGCUCCUACAACCCACGGUACCACCUCACACUGGCUAAGGUAGAGAACCGGGACGGGCAGAAGAUCUUUGAGGGCGUGGGGGACCUGAAAGUGGGGAAGGGUUUGAACUUUGGUCGCCUGCCAGUGAACACCUUACACCUUUGUACGGUGGGUGGCUCCAGAGUGGACGGGUUCUUUGAGACGGUUUGCAAAGUGACUCUUCGAUGAUAAAGAAAGCGUCUCGUUAGCAAACACUACAGAGGACAUUAUGAGAUGAUUAAUUAACUUAUAACUAUAACAUUGUGGAGUCUUCACCAAUUCAGAGUGAAGAAUGUCGACGUCUGGCGUUCGCAGUGAGCGCAGGAACCUGGGGUGAGAAUGUUUGAAUGUUUCGUCUUCAUGGAAUGUCAACACGCGUUGAACAGAACCUUCUGGGUUUAGAAGGUCACCUAGAAACUGGAAUUAUUUCUGUAGAUGAAAGGUUAUGUUGAUCAAUAUAUAGGAGAAAAUUGACCCUUUUGGACAUUUACAUAUUGCAUCUGUUUAAAGAGGAAGUCACCCCCUACCAGAGUAUUACUCCACACCCACUUCCUGUUUGAAAAAUGCAACAAAUGCUGUUGCCUAGCAGACCGAGAGGGCGGAGCUAACAAAUACACACACACACACACACACACACACACACACACACACACACACACACACACACACACACACACACACACACACACACACACAACGACAUUGUUUAUGUUUAUGUAUUUAGCAGACGCUUUUGUCCAAAGCGACUUACAAGUGAUAAUCGGCAUAUUGCCCUUGAGGCUAACAACAACAAUAACAACAACAACUUGACAUCAGUCAUGGAGAGGAGGGAACAAGGAGUGGACGGUAGAGAGGUGGGAUGGGUGCAGGGAGGGUGCUAGUUUAGAAGAUGCUCUCUGAAGAGCAGGGUCUUCAGGAGUUUCUUGAAAAUUGAAAAGGAAGCCCCUGUUCUGGUAGUGCUUGGAAGGUCAUUCCACAUUUGUGGAACGAUGCAUGAGAAGAGUCGGGAUUGUCCUGAGCGUGGUGUAGGCACUGCUAGCCGACGAUCCUGUGAAGACCGGAGCGGCCGGGCCGAGACGUAAGCCUUUGCAAGAGGAUUCAGGUAGAUGGGAGCCGUACCAUCUCGGACUUUGUAUGCUAGUGUUAGCAAUUUGAAUUUGAUGCGUGCUGCUAGCGGUAGCCAAUGGAGCUCAGUUAACAGAGGGGUGACGUGUGCUCUUUUUGGCUGAUUGAAGACCAGACGCGCCGCUGCGUUCUGGACCAUUUGAAGAGGUCUCACAGUCCAGGCUGGAAGACCAGUUAGAAGGGCGUUGCAGUAAUCGAGGCGGGAGAUGACAGUAGAUUGCACCAGGAGCUGGGUGACAUGUUGUGUUAGGUAUGGUCUGAUCUUUCGUAUGUUAUACAGCGCAAAGCGGCAUGAACGAGCCACAUUGUGACAUCAUAUGGUACCAGCUAACAUUUAAGGGUACCUCUUAGCCAAUAGCGAUGGCAGAUUUAAAUUCUAAUGCAGUGCAGUUUUUACCUGACAACACAACGCUGACAGUUUUAAGCAGAAGAUUUAAAUUUUAACUGAAAUGCACUAAAGUGCAAAACUAUUGACUACACGUGUCUGCAGCACGAUUAGACACACAUUUAUGUAGUUUACCAGGAAAAUAAGUUGAUUUGGGGGUGACUUGCUCUUUAAGGGCUUAUAAUAAAAUAGUUGUGGGAGUCGGGCGAAUAGAAAUGUUCCACAUAAAUAAUAGCAUUAUGAUCUUCUUUCACACUGUCUUUAAUUCUAUUUAAGGAACAAAAUUCUAGUUUGUAUGGAGAUUUUAAGAUAGAAAAAUGUCGAGAAAUGAAGGCCGUCGGUCUUAAACUAGGGAUGCACCGAUACGAUACUGGUAUCGGUAUCGAUACCGGUACCAGUAUCGGUAUUGGUAAAAGUUAACGGAUACCAGGAGCUGAUACCAAUGCAGUUGCUUGAAAAUUGCUUCACUGUAACUUGUCAUUUCUGUUCGCCUAAUAUUUUACUUUUGUGAUGAUUUCCAUUCAUAUAUUUUACUUUUUAUCUACCUCAGUCUUUUCCUGUUGAAAGCAGAGAAGAAAAUAAAAUCUGUAUUCCAAAUCAUUGCAUUUUCUUGUGUGGUAGAAGUAUCGGUAUUGGUAAUCGGUAUCGGCGAGUACUCGGAUCCAAGUAUCGGUAUCGUAUCGGUUUGGAAAAAAGUGUUAUCGUUGCAUCCCUAUCUUAAACGUCAUGCAUAUAAUCCCAAAAUUACCCAAAUUAUCCGUUGAGCUGUUUUCAUGUUUUCAGAUAACAGAAUCAACAUAAAAAUGUUCAAAUUUAAGGUGAAAUCCGACAUUUUUAUCCAUUGAAAUUUGUCUUCGAUCAAAUGCAAAACAUCUAAGAUCUGAAAAGACGCACAGCUGUCCUCGUGCUUAGACCUUCUAUUACCAAAGUGUUCGAUUUGUUCAUCUGAUGCCGACCACCAUGAUGGUGUCUGUUUAUCAUGAUUUAAUUCAAGAUCACAGCUCACUAUUUGGAUGAAAAAUACACAGAAACUGACUAAUCAUCAGAUAUGUUAGAUUAAACAUUUCACGGCAGAUUUCUUUCACAAAUUUUAGUUUGCGUCUCUCUGAGCAUCAUCAUGAGUCGUGUAAUUAGUCAGUUUUCAGCCAUUAUUUGAAUUAAAAACUAAUUUUUGUAUUUUCUGUUCCUUUUAAUCUGGUGUGAUUUUAAGGGCUGCAGGCCCAACAUGUCUCUGUUUACUCUGGAUUAAUAAACUGUUCAUGGAGGGUAAAA